CCUUUCACAGCUGAUUUUGACAUCUCACAAAAAAUUUACUGAUAAAAACAAUUUAUUUUUUACACUUUUAUUUAACUUUUCCAAUCGACUAAAAAUUUAUUAAAAUCUGUUUAAUUUUAAAAUAGAAUCAAAAAUGCUAGACAAAGUUAAACACGUUAUACUAGUCCUUUCUGGAAAAGGUGGUGUUGGCAAAUCAACAGUCAGUACACAACUUGCUCUAGCUCUUAAAGAACAUGGAUUAAAGGUAGGUUUACUAGACAUUGAUUUAUGCGGUCCCAGUGUCCCCUAUCUCUUGGGACUCGAAGGCAAAGAAAUCUAUCAAUGUGAUGAAGGAUGGGUUCCAAUUUAUUCCAGCGAAGAUAAAAUGCUUGCAGUAAUGUCAAUUGGAUUUCUUUUAAAAAAUCGAAAUGAUGCUGUCAUUUGGCGAGGUCCGAAAAAGACUAUGAUGAUUAAACAAUUUCUAACCGAUGUCAAAUGGGAUGAUUUGGAUUAUUUGAUUAUUGAUACUCCACCAGGAACAUCCGAUGAACAUAUAACUGUGAUGGAAUGCAUGAAAGAUGUAAAAUGUGAUGGAGCAAUUAUUGUCACCACACCACAGCAAGUGGCCUUGGACGAUGUCCGCAAAGAAAUUACAUUCUGUAAAAAGACAAAUAUUAACAUUCUGGGAAUUGUUGAAAACAUGAGCGGAUUCAUCUGUCCACAUUGCACCACCUGCACGAAUAUAUUCUCAUCCAACGGUGGUGUUGAGUUGGCAAAGUUCGCUAAUGUACCUCAUUUGGGUACACUGCCGAUUGAUCCAAGAUUGGGCGUACUGAGUGGAACAACGCUAUCGGUGUUGACAGAAUUACCAGACUCAACAACUGCAGUGACUUUCAAGAGUAUCGUUGCUUCUCUAACGAAAGCUGUUGAUGUGGAAUAGAAUUUAUUUUGUUUGCAUUUUUUUGUUAAAAAAAAAAAAACUAAGAAAAUCAUGG